AUGACUAUCGCCCAAGUCCCCUACCCUUCCCCCUCCACUCUGAAGAAGUUCCCUCAUGUGCAUGAUGACCCUGCUACUAUGUCCCAUGCCUUGGACCCCUUCACCAUCACUACAUCUACUGGCUUUCUUCCCUAUGCCACUGCCCCUGUUGACCUCCCUGAGGUCUUCCAACCUCUGAAGUCCCUGGUUGAGCGCAUGCCCGUCGUCAAGGCUGAUGGCACUCCCGGUCUGCUGGCUACUUAUGAGUUCGGCCCUGCUGUCGAGUCCGAGAUGCCCGACCUUACCCAUGAAGUUGAGAAGCUUGUCUUACCUGAUGGCUCUUUGGACCGCUUCACUAUUGCUGCUAUCUUCCGUGACUACACUUUCGUGGCUUCGUCGUACCUUCUUGAGCCCUGCUGGGAGAACUGGACUAAGAACCCUGAUGGAGGUUACGGCCUGGGUCGUCAGAUGCUGCCAAAGUCUGUUGCUCGUCCUAUGUACCUAUGUGCACAGAUUUUGGACCUUCCUCCUUUCAUGUCUUAUGCUGCCUCUUAUGCGCUCUUCAACUACACUUUGGCAGACCACUCCAAGGGCCUUUCAGAGUACUCUAACCUUCGUCUGAUUCGUGGCUUUGAGCGCGGCCUUGAUCCCAAGAGUUCCGAGGCCGGCUUCAUUCUGACCCACGUGGACAUGGUUAAGGAGACUGGCGCACUGAUCAGUGGUGCCCUUCGUGUUGUUGACACCAUUGAGCAACAUGGACCUCGCAAUGAUAUCAAUGAUGGCUUCCGUGAAAUCCUGGCUGCCAUGGAGAAGAUCGAGGAGUCAAUGGAAACUAUGUGGGGCAACUCAAAGCCAGCUGAAUACUUGUCUUUCCGUGUCUUCAUCUUCGGCAUUACAAACCAAUCCAUGUUCCCCGAUGGAGUGGUUUACGACGGUGUUGAGGAGAAUCAUCCCCUCGCUUUCCGUGGAGAGAGCGGUGCCAAUGACAGCAUUAUUCCCCUCCUCGAUCACCUUUGCGAGAUCCCUAUGCCCGAGACUCCCUUGACUAAGAUUCUCCACGAGUUCCGUGCCUACCGUCCUCGCCCACAUCGAGAGUUCCUUACCUACAUCCGGGAGAAGUCAGAGGAAAUCGGCGUCCAGAAAUACGCUAUUGAAGACUCCGAGACUGCCGUUCUCUUCUUGAGAGUGCUGAACCAUGUGCGUAGCUUCCGCUGGCGCCACUGGCUUUUUGCCCGCGAGUACAUUAUCCGUCGCACACCCCACCCCACUGCUACUGGCGGUAGUCCCAUCGUGACUUGGCUGCCCAAUCAGCUGUCGGCUGUUAUGGAUCUGAUGGUUAAGGUCUACGAUAACCACCUUGCUCCUAAGGAGGGUGUAACUAUUGUAGAAGGACAGAAGGAUCUGAUUGCUGCGCAUCGCAAGCAAGUGGAGCCUAUGAUGGAGCUUGUUCGUGACCAGAGGGAUAAGCUGGCCAAGGAAGUGGAGAAGUGGUGCAAGGAGCGUGGCGUCUAA